AUGGCGGUCCAGUCGAAGCUAGUCCUGCCCGAUCGAUCGCUUAAGAGCACUGUCGCGCGGCUGACUAAGCUCUACAUGUCGAAUCGGACUCGCAUCUCACGCGCCGUCUACCUGACGCUGCUGAUCGCCCUCGUCAACCGUGUCCGCCAUGCCAUUUCCGAGCAGAAGGCCGCGUCGGCGCGCGAAGCCGCCAAACGCCACUCCGGCACCACCUCUAGCGACGGCACCGAUACCACCGCCAAGAAGAAGGUCGAGUUGAACCGCGAGUUCUUCCGCUCCCUCGGCCGCCUGCUAAAGAUCGUCGUGCCCGGCGUACGCAGCAAGGAGACCCGACUCCUGAUUAGUCAUAGCUUCUUCCUGGUUGUGCGGACGGUGAUCAGUUUGAAGGUCGCAGAGAUGGAUGGUGCUAUUGUGAAGGCGCUCGUGAAGGGCAGCGGUAGGGAGUUCUUGACGAGGAUAGUGUGGUGGAUGUUGAUCGCGGUGCCUGCGACCUUUACGAACUCCAUGUUAUCGUACCAUCAAGCCGAGUUGUCCCUGAAGUACCGAACACGGUUGACCCAACAUAUACACGACAAAUACCUCUCCAAACUCACUUUCUAUGGAAUUUCGGCGCUGGACGAUCGAAUAAAGAACCCCGAUCAGCUGAUCGCCGUCGACGUUGCCAAGUUCUCGAACAGUUUAGCUGAGGUCUACAGUAAUCUGGCCAAGCCGAUCCUGGACAUGACAAUAUACACCUGGUCAUUAUCAAAAAGUGUUGGUGGUGAAGGCGUCAUACUCAUGUCACUGCUGGUUCAGUUGUCAGCCAACGUCAUGAGGCUUCUCACUCCCCCGUUUGGGAAAUUCGUCGCUGAUGAAGCACGGCUUGAAGGAGAGUUCCGAUUUCAGCACUCGAGGCUUAUCGACCAUAGUGAGGAAAUUGCGCUAUACCACGGACACGAGGCCGAGAAGGACACGCUCGACAAAGGUUACUUCACCCUGAUCAAACACGUGAAUUAUAUCUUGCGUCGGCGGUUCUACCAUGGAAUCAUGGAAGACUUUGUCAUCAAAUACUUCUGGGGAGCACUGGGUCUCAUGCUUUGCAGCGUACCCGUAUUCUUCAAGCUGCCAGGUCAAGUUGCUGGAGCUGUAAGCAUGGGCGAUCGGACUGAAACGUUCGUCACAAACCGCCGCAUGCUGCUAAGCGCGUCUGAUGCAUUUGGACGGGUCAUGUUCUCCUACCGCGAGAUCAUGGAAUUGGCAGGAUAUACGUCCCGCGUGGCAUCACUACUGGAAGUGAUGGAUGAUAUACAAGCAGGGCAUUUCGAGAAGAAGCUUGUAUCAAGCUCCGGCACCGAAGACAACGCAGCUGUAUUGAAAGGCCGAGGACAAGUCGUCGAGAGCGAGAACAUCGAGUUUAUUGACGUUCCGAUCAUCUCACCCAAUGGCGACGUCCUUGUCAAAGCGUUGUCGUUCUCACUGAAACGAGGCGACCAUCUCCUCGUUGUUGGGCCAAACGGGUGCGGAAAGUCCAGUCUCUUCCGCAUCCUUGGCGGCUUAUGGCCCGUAUAUGGCGGCAAGGUCUACAAGCCGCCUUUUACGGAUAUCUUCUACAUCCCGCAACGGCCAUACCUGUCGCGAUGCAGUCUACGCCAACAAAUCACGUAUCCGGACAGCCUGAGGACUGUGCGCGCUCGUGGUGUAACGGACGCUCAACUCCUUGAUAUGCUGAAGAUAUUAUCGCUUGAGCACCUAGUGGAUCUCUACCCCGAAGGCUGGGACGCCGAAGCCGAAUGGCGCGACGUUCUUUCAGGUGGGCUGCAACAACGCGUGGCUAUGACGCGUCUCUUCUACCACAAGCCUCGGUACGCCAUCCUCGACGAGUGUACGAGCAGUGUAACGCUGGAGACGGAAAAGGUCAUGUACGAUAACGCGAAAGCCUUGGGCAUCACCCUCAUGACGGUGAGUCACCGACGGAGUCUGUGGAAGUACCACAGCAGGAUUCUGCAGUUCGAUGGUCAGGGCCAGUACGUGUUCACGAAGCUGGACGCGGACAAGAGGCUGGAACUCGAGGAUGAGAAGGAGGACCUGGAUGUGCUGUUGAGACAGGUGCCGGAAAUCGAGAGACGCAUUGGCGAGUUGAGUGCCGAGUAG